AUGAGGGCUGCUUCUGUUGCGGUGUCCACCGCGCUCUUAUAUCUGGCGUCCGCUACUCCUAGUUACUAUAAGAACGCGACUGGUCUGCUGCCAGCGAAGACAUACGCAGAAUGUCAACGCAAGACGUGCAAUCCACUUGCUGGAUGCCCCCCUGGAACUAUCUACGUCAGCAAGGAUAGUCCGAAAGCUAGCUUCACGACAAUCCAAGAAGCAAUUGCAUCGCUGCCGGAUGAUGAAUCUGAGCAUAUAAUCUUGAUCGCACCAGGCAACUAUACGGAGCAGCUUAAUGUCACUCGCCCUGGUCCUCUAACUCUGCUGGGCGUGAGCGACGACCCACAUCGUGACACGCCAUACGGAGCAGUCGAUUCGGAUACGGACCACAGAAAUCAAGUCCAGGUCCUGUGGGCUUCUGCAAAUACCGACAACACGGGGAAGAUCACCGAUAAUGCUAUUACCACUGUCUUGACCAUCGCACCUACCUGGAAUGCCUCGUUGACUGGCUCAGGACCAACAGGGUUUCCCGUGCCUGACGGCACCCCAUUUGGCAACAACGACUUUCGAGCGUAUAACAUCGAUUUCCGAAACAUAUACUCUCAGUACUCAGCCGGUCCGGCCUUGGCAGUGAAUGUUGCCUAUGCCAAUGCUGGAUUCUAUGGCUGUGGUUUCUACAGUUAUCAGGAUACGGUGUACAUAGGAAAGCUUGGCAACGCCUUUUUCUAUGAUAAUAUUAUUGCCGGUCAGACUGAUUUCUUGUAUGGCUUCGGAACGGCUUGGAUCGAGAAAUCUACUCUGGCGCUGAGGAAUUGCGGUGGCGGCAUCACAGCUUGGAAAGGAACCAAUACAACUUUUCUCAACAAGUAUGGUGUUUAUAUCUCAUCCUCUCGGGUAAUCGCUGCGAACGAGUCCAUUGCAACGACAAUCCAGGGAAAAUGCCCACUUGGCCGACCCUGGAAUGCCCUCCACCGAAGCAUCUUUCUGGACACAUACCUUGAUGCAAGUAUAUUACCCGCAGGCUACAUCAAGUGGGGCGAAACAGAUACUCGUUUCAGCAACGCUACUUUCAUGGCCGUGUACGAGGAUAAUGGACCUGGAUACAACGAAGCUGCUAUGGCAGCAAGCAAUAUAUCAAUUAUACUGGAUGCGCAGGGGAUAAAACCAUACAAUAGCCCCUCACAGGUUUUCCUGCAGCCAAACGGAAUGCCAUAUAAUGUGGGCUGGAUAGACCCCAAUGUUUAUAUUGCAUAG